AUGUUGAAAGCGGGCAAGUGUUGGCAUUUUGGCAUCAUCAAGAGAAGCAUCUCAUCGUCGUUCAGGGACUCUUCCGUGUUCAAAAGUGAAGCUUACUUUUGCGGUGAAUGGAAGAAGGGAGAUGAAACAUUCUGUCUCAGAAACCCUGCGACGCAGGACGAGAUUAGUUCAAUAACAGAUUGUGGGAUUAGUGAUUACAAUGAAGCGAUAAAAGGAGCGCAUGGGGCCUUUAAGUCCUUUCGAAAGUCUGCACCAAGUAGUCGCUCCGAAGCACUUCAGAACAUUUACGAAUUAAUGCAAGAGAACAAGGAAGACCUUGCUAGACUGGUGACCAUGGAAAACGGUAAACCCUAUAGGGAAUCGUUGGCAGAAGUAGACUAUGCGUCUAGUUAUUUCAAAUGGUUUUCAGAAGAAGCUCACAGAAUGGUUGGAACGAUUAUGCCAGGCUCGGGUUCUACCGAAAAAAAAAUUCUGACCAUCAGACGGCCCCUUGGCGUCGUGGGCAUCCUAACUCCAUGGAAUUUCCCCACUGCAAUGAUUGCCAGAAAAUUGGCACCAGCACUUGCUGCUGGUAACACUUGCGUCGUCAAACCGGCGCAAGAAACUCCACUGAGCGCUUUAGCGUACGGCUGGCUUUGCGAACAGGCUGGCUUCGAAAGUGGGGUUUGCAAUAUACUUCCUACAAGCCAUGCAGACGUUGUUGGUAAAUAUAUGUGUCAACACGAUUUGGUUAGCAAAAUUACCUUCACCGGGUCAACUAAGGUGGGCAGAAUCUUGAUGCAACAUGUGCAUAAUAAGACUGGCACUAUCAAGAAAGUAUCUAUGGAAUUGGGUGGUAAUGCUCCUUUUAUAAUAUUUGAGGAUGCAGACAUCUAUAAAGCUCUUGAUGGGAUCAUGGCAUCAAAAUUUAGGAAUUCGGGUCAAACGUGUAUCUGCGCCAAUAGAAUAUUCGUUCAUGAAAGCUUGUAUGACACAGUUGCUUCAAGUUUGGCGAAAAGAAUGGAGACGGAUCUUGUUAUGGGAAGUGGAUUUGACGUACAUGUUACGCAAGGUCCACUCAUUAAUGACAAGGCUGUCAACAAAGUUUCAGACCUUGUUGAAGAUGCCAAGAAUAAAGGCGCCAAAGUUCUAAUGGGUGGUACUAGAGCUAGUACUCUGGGACGCAAUUUUUAUCACCCAACGAUUUUGACAGAUGUUGAUGAAUCAAUGGAUGUUUUCCAUAAAGAGAUAUUUGGUCCAGUAGCUUGCUUGAUCAAAUUCAAGACCACCGAAGAAGUAUUGAGGCGCUCAAAUGACUCCAAUGUGGGACUGGCUGGUUAUUUCUACACGGCAAACAUUGGAACAAUCAUGAAACUUGCCGAAGAUUUGGAGGUUGGUAUGAUUGGCGUGAACAGCAGUGAAAUAAGCGAUGCUGUUUUACCGUUCGGUGGAGUCAAAGACUCUGGUUUAGGAAGAGAGGGCUCUCUUUAUGGUAUAAACGAUUACACGGAAUUAAAAUCGAUAAUACUUGAACCAUGA